AUGUCUACUGGCAAGUAUAUCAUUUACUUCCUAUAUUUAGGUGUAAAUUGGAUUGGAUGUUUCAAAGAGAAACCAACUAUACUGAAAAGUUCACAGCAAGAAAUUGAAAUCCACUCGAGUUUUAGUGUCAGAGCGGAAGGUGAGGAGGAUGAAGGUCGCAACCGGAAUUUUGUCUCUCUUUCUUGUGUUGUCAUCGGUGAUCCUGAUGGUCAGUUCCUUGCCUGCCACCAUGGAAGGCCUAACAGACAGAGCAGCGUGUCCCUGUGCUGUGCCCCCGUGUCCAUGCGCCCCAGGAGGGUACCAAUAGAGAAAAAAACAACAACAAGGCAUACAAGAAGUUUCAUAAAACAAACAAACAAACAAACACUUACGAGCAAGAGGUCUCACAUAUUCACCAGAAAGAUUUAGGGAAAGAACUCAUCGACGAGACAUGCAAAGGACACGCGUGAAGGAGUCGUCACCAAGAGUCAUAAGGACGAUUUAAUAAUUUGGUUCUCGAUGGUACGUUUAAGAUAUUGCCAAUAUGUACCGGACUUGAUCAGUAAAUACCCUUCAUA